UUCAGAAAGUUCCUAACUUUUUACUCUCUCAGUCUUCAUUUCACACUGUUUAGUAGUACUAAAUGUUAACUGUGUCUUUGGAUUCUCACUUAGAUUUCUGCUGAUAAAGAACUUGUACAGUACAACUUACUUAAGCUGUACAAUCUACAAUUAGUUAGCUAUACAAUUUACAGGUGUGCACGGUCUUGGUGAAGGUUGUGGCGAAACCAUCUAUAAGCACAAUGAGGCUUGAAAUGUUGCUUGGAUAUGUCCUGUUUAUAUUUGGAAGUCUGUCCAUUGCAUUAGGUGGUUUCAUUGGAAUAAACAUUGGUACUGAUGUUUCCAACCUACCAUCACCGGAACAAGUGGUGGCAAUCCUUAGAGCCCAUCAAAUAACACACGUGCGACUUUUUGACGCUGAUAAUCACUUGCUUAGUGCACUUUCCGACACAGAAAUUGAAGUUAUGGUCAGUGUGACAAAUGAGGAAGUUUUAGGCAUCGGACAAUCACCAGCAGCAGCCGCCUCUUGGAUCAAUAAAAAUGUUGCAGCAUUUGUACCCUCCACCAAUAUUACUGCCAUAGCGGUUGGUAGUGAAGUUCUUUCCACAAUCCCAAAUGUUGCCCCUGUUUUGGUUACUGCUAUGAAGAAUCUUCACAAAGCCUUAGUUUCUUCAAACCUAAAUUAUCAAAUCAAAGUAUCAAGCCCCAUGUCAAUGGACAUUAUCCCGAAGCCAUUCCCGCCAUCAGCUGCCACAUUCAACUCGUCAUGGAACACAACUAUUUCCGCGACUCUUGAGUUUUUAAGAGACACAAAAUCCAUUUUCAUGUUAAAUGCUUAUCCUUAUUAUGGUUAUGUACAAAGCAGCGGUAUUUUUCCAAUUGAGUAUGCACUUUUUCAACCUCUGAGUCCUGUGAAACAAAUUGUUGACCCAAACACACUCUUCCAUUAUGACAGCAUGUUUGAUGCUAUGGUGGAUGCUACUUAUUAUUCUAUAGCAGCUUAUAACUUCUCAGAGAUCCCUAUUGUCGUGACUGAAACCGGUUGGCCAUGGGCUGGUGGUGCUAAUGAACAUGAUGCCACCGUGGAAAAUGCAGAAACGUUUAACAAUAAUUUGAUUAAACGUGUUUUGAACGAUUCGGGCCCCCCUAGUCAGCCGACAAUUCCUAUGAAUUCUUACAUCUAUGAGCUCUUUAAUGAAGACAAGAAACCUGGGCCCAUCUCUGAGAAGAGCUAUGGUGUGUAUUUUAGCAAUGGGACUUCCGUCUAUACCUUUGCUUUGGAUACUUUGGGCCAAACGGCUGUGAACUCUUCAGGCGGUUUUUGUGUUGCAAAAAAAGGAGCUGACACAACUAGUUUGCAAGACGGGCUGAAUUGGGCUUGUGGACCGGGGCAGGCGAACUGCAGUGCUAUUCAAUCUGGGCAACCAUGUUACACGCCGGAUACAGUUGAAAACCAUGCUUCAUUUGCUUAUAAUGACUACUACCAAAGAAUGCGUAGUGUUGGUGGAACCUGUGACUUUAGUGGUACCGCCAUAACAACCAUGGUUGAUCCUAGCUAUGGAGCUUGCAUAUUUACAGGAAGUACCAACACAAGCACUGGUGGGAUGUUUCCCCCUGCAUUUGGACCAGAGGGACCCCCUGGAAGCAAAUCACCUCGUCAACUUCCUCACAUCUGUUCUAUGCUUUUGGCCGCAGUUGUAUCUUUGGUCCUGUAGAUUUUGGCCUUCUUGUAUAGCUGAUAUUCGUGCUCUUUGCGUUUUUUUAAUGAAAAGCGUGGUGAAUAUCAACAACAAUUAGACAGGAAUUCUAGAUUAAAUUGGUAAGGGGUUUGGUUCUGUUUGCUGAACCUUGGGGCUGAUACAGUUCUUGUUUUGCAAUGUGCAAGUUUUUGAGGCUCAUAGUUGAGUUUUGUAGCUUUAAGCAAGUCAUUUAUGAGAGACUUGGAGUAUGUUUGUAUUGGUGAAACUGUAGGUUGAAAUUUGUGAAUGUUUAAUUGAAUUAAGGCCCACAAAUGGUUUCAAGCUUACUUGCUUA